GGCGCUGGGGCAGGUGGUUCGGGGUCUAGUAGCAUUUUGCAACUAAUUGCACCAUUGAUAGGCAGUAGCAGCGUAAGUACCUCAUUAUUUUGUAAAAGUAUUAUACACUACAUUAUAUGUAUUUAUUUUUGUAAUAACUUAGAAAAUAUAAUUUAUUAGUUAGUUAAUACAUAAACCAUCGCACCAGAAAUAGCACAGUAUAAUAUUUUUUAUAUUUUUAUGAAUAUUUUUUAAAAAAGUAGACAGCAUUAAUAGUCUUAAUAUUAGUAUUUAUGUAAUUUAAACACAAAAGAUACAUUUUUAUUUACCGUUGUUUACAGUUAUGGUAUUAGUACUUAGUGAUUACCUUGUUGAAUAAGAUAGUAGUCAAUAAUAAUAUUAUCUAUAAAUGUGUAUGUAUUGUAUACCUACAUCAACUUGCGUUUUUUCAGUAAUGUAUGUAAUUGUAUAAGUACAUGAUGUAUAUUAUAUGUAGUGAUGAUAGCAAAAACAUAAAUUGUAAUAUUCAAACAUUUGAAAAGUUAAAUUUUAACAACAGCACUACGAGAAUUACUGACCUUACACCAUAACACCAUCGUAAAUGAAUCAUAAUAUUAUAUAUAUUUAUAUGUGUUUGUAUAUUUACAGCAAUCCAGCACAACUACCAUCGUAUAAUAUAUUUAUACCACUAGUAGUAAUAAACAUCACUGUAGAAGUAAUUAUUAUAUAUUAACAAAAUAUAAAAUAUGUGAAAUAUUUCCUGUUAUACGUAUAUGUAUAGGAGGAGAAACAUUUGCGAGCCGACCGAGAAGAAUACAACAACAAUACUGAUCUGAUGAACGUUAUAGGAGACUAUUAUGACGAAAUCAGCAGUAAUGUCAUUGAAUAUGACAUUAGAAAUCCAAAUCGUAGUCUGUCACAAAAACUGGUAGUAUUGGCCAGAAGUAAGAGAGCGGCAUCGAAAAAAAGAAGCGAUGAUUAUAACAUCAAUGAUUACGAAAAUGAAGUGGACGGACCAUCAGUUGAUGACAGUAACUCCAACGAUGGAGUAGAAGUAACGGCAACAACAGAGGCCCAAGAUUAUGGCAGUAGUGAUAACAAUGAAAUAAAUGAAAACACUACUAAUAGUGACGUUAGUGGUGCGGCUGAAGGGGGAAAUGGAAGUUUGGAUUCCGGAUCUAUAAUUGAUUUGGCUAUCCCACUUCUGGGGUCAUUGAGUGGAGGUGAUAGUGAAGGAGAAGGUGGAAGUUCAGAUUCUGGGUCAAUACUAGAAUUAGCCGGACCGCUCAUAGGUUCAUU